AAGAUCAUGUCGGUGAAGGCGACAUUCCACGAGGAUGGUCUCACCGCCCAACAGUUACUCGGAUACAAUGAAGGGCUGACCUACAACGACUUCAUCAUCCUACCCGGCUACAUCGACUUCGAUGCUCAAGAAGUCGACCUCACGUCCAAGCUCACGAAAAAGAUUGACCUCGAGGUACCCUUGGUGUCAUCGCCCAUGGACACGGUCACGGAGUCGGAGAUGGCCAUCGCCAUGGCGCUCUGCGGGGGCAUCGGCAUCAUCCACCACAACUACGAGUCGACCAUGCUGCAGGUGGUCAAGCCUGUGGCAAGAACGCUCUUUAAAUGCGUCGACGAAGUCAUCCUGCCUUACAAAGUUCGUGGAGAAGUUGCGAGUGCGGAAAAAGCCCGCUGCCGACGAUAUGGUGCUGGCACCUGGCAGUGGCCCUGGGUGCGGCACAAACUCACGUUUCCCGACGCCAGUGCCUGA